CUCUCCACUCCCACCUCUCACAACAACAAACAUCAAAGCAAGAACCUUUUCAAUCAAGAACAUGAUGAUGAAGAAAUUCGCUGUUCUUGCCCUAAUCUUGCUUCUGAUCCAAGAAACGGCAAAGGGUUUCGAUUUCGACGAGAAGGAUCUAGAGACGGAGGAGAGGUUAUGGGAACUGUACGAGAAAUGGAGGAGCCACCACACUGUGAGUAGGAGCUUAGAUGAGAAGCAAAAGAGGUUCAACGUGUUCAAACACAACGUAAGACAUGUCCACGAGACGAACAAGCAGGACAGGCCGUACAAGCUCAAGCUCAACAUGUUUGGAGACAUGACGAGCGAGGAAUUCAGGAGAACGUACGCCGGUUCCAACGUCAAGCAUCAUAGGAUGCUCCAAGGCGAGAAACGCGGCUCGGGUAACUUCAUGUACGCCGACGUUUCUCGGGUCCCGACAUCUAUAGAUUGGAGAAAGAAAGGAGCUGUCACUCCUGUCAAAAACCAAGGCCAAUGCGGAAGCUGUUGGGCGUUUUCGACGGUUGUGGCCGUUGAAGGGAUAAACCAAAUCAAGACAAAGGAUCUUGUUUCUCUGUCCGAACAGGAGCUGGUGGACUGUGACACGACAGAGAACCAAGGCUGCAAUGGAGGUUUGAUGGAUCUCGCCUUCGCUUUCAUCAAGGAGAAAGGCGGAAUCACUACCGAGGCCGAGUACCCUUACGAGGCUUCCGACGAAACUUGCAACAAAAUCAAGGAAAAUGCUCCUGCUGUUUCGAUCGAUGGACACGAAGACGUGCCUAAAAACAACGAGGACGCUCUCAUGAAGGCCGUUGCUCACCAACCCGUCUCUGUCGCCAUUGAUGCCGGAAGUUCAGACUUCCAGUUCUACUCCGAGGGCGUAUUUACGGGAGAAUGCGGGACGGAACUGAACCACGGGGUAGCGGUGGUAGGGUACGGAACGACGCUCGACGGAACGAGGUAUUGGAUAGUGAAGAAUUCGUGGGGGGAAGAUUGGGGGGAGAAAGGUUACAUAAGGAUGCAACGUGGGAUUCAGAAGAAAGAAGGACUGUGUGGUAUCGCCAUGGAAGCUUCUUACCCUACCAAGAACUCGGCCACUAACCCUUCUGGUCACACUCCUAAGGAUGAACUUUAAAAAUAUAUAACAAAAAAACCCUAAAAAGAAUAAUUAAUACCAGACACCCAAAACAUGAUUUCAGACAAAAGAUAGUUUUUUUUUUCUUUUAUUUUGUUUCAUGAUGUUUUUCUUUUUCUGUUUUCUUUAGUUUGAUGUGAUGAAAGUCUGUUUCAUGAAAAUUAUGGAUGGAUGAAAUAAAAAAAAAAAUGUGAUUCC